AGCCUCACCUAACGAAACCUUCCUCAUCGGUCAUCAAGUUGCUCUUUUAAUUCUUAUCUCAACUUGUAUAUGAUUGUAACUCUCUUGCGGGGUUUUCUUCAAUUUCAAGAGAGGAAGACCCAAACCUCAGAAGCUUUGGCAUUGAAACUUUGGAAGUGUUAGCAUUACAGUAUAUAUUCACCAUUGCUUAAUCUGCAUUGGCAGUACCAACAGGCAAAGAUGAAGUUUGGGAAGGAAUUUGCGUCGCAGAUGGUGCCGGAAUGGCAAGAAGCGUACAUGGAUUAUGAUUAUUUGAAGACCCUUUUGAAAGAAGUGCAGCGUUUCAAGCAUAGGACCAAGCCACCGGCUACCCCAGGAGGCCUAAAACGAAAGCUGACACUGUAUAGAGCUUUUAGUGGCCUAACCCAAAGGCACAACCCAACUAGCCCAUCCUCACCUGACAUUGAAAGCCAACCCAUUUUGGUGAAUUCUGUUAAUAGGAAUGGCUGUCAAACUUGUGAAACUACGUUUCUGAUGUCCUCGGAUGAAGGGGGAGAGUAUGAGCUGGUGUACUUUAGAAGGCUUGAUGAUGAGUUUAAUAAAGUGGACAAAUUUUAUAGGGCUAAAGUGCAAGAGGUGAUGAAGGAAGCAGAUCUUUUGAACAAGCAAAUGGAUGCUUUGAUUGCUUUCAGGAUAAAAGUUGAGAAUCCUCCAGGGAUUAAUUUUGACAGGUCAGUGGAGAUGACUCGUCUUGCUUCAGACAUUGCAGCUUCUGCUGCAGCAUUGUCAGCUGCUACUCCAUCUGGGGCUAGAUCAGCAAGCGAAAGAGCUCCUCACCUGGAAGCCAUUGAAGAAAGCACCCACGGACAAGGCGAUGAUGAUGAUGAUGAUGAUGAAGGAAAAGAGAGAAAUACUCCGAUUCAAGAAGCCAAACCACGUAAACCCAAAAUCAAGGGGAUCAAACCUGCAUCACUUGAAGUACUUGAUCGGGUGAAAAUAAACAACACUCUUGAGACUCCUCGUUCCACCAUUAAAGGUGUCCUCAAGGUUCCAAAUCAUACAGAGCUGAGUUUCAGUAGGGAAAAUCUAAGAAAGGUUGAAGAACAACUUAAGAGGGCUUUUAUUGAAUUUUACCAAAAGCUUCGCCUGCUUAAAAGUUACAGCUUUCUAAAUACGUUGGCUUUUUCCAAAAUAAUGAAGAAGUAUGAUAAGAUCACUUCCAGAAAAGCAUCAAAAUCUUACAUGAAAAUGGUGGAUAACUCCUACCUUGGUAGCUCUGAUGAGGUUACAAAGCUCAUGGAGAGGGUUGAAACGACAUUCAUCAAGCACUUUUCAAAUGCAAACCGUGCCAAGGGAAUGAACAUCUUAAGACCAAAAGCAAAAAGAGAAAGGCAUAGGAUAACGUUUUCAACAGGUUUUUUCGCUGGCUGUACGGCCUCUCUUCUUCUAGCCCUUAUUUUGAUCAUACGUGCCCGUAAAAUUAUGGAUCAUCGAGGGAGAACCAAAUACAUGGAAACCAUGUUUCCUCUUUAUAGUUUUUUCGGAUUCAUUGUUCUACACAUGGUAAUGUAUGCUAUCAAUAUAUUCUUCUGGAGGAAGUACCGAGUCAAUUACGCUUUCAUAUUUGGUUUCAAGCCAGGAACCGAACUGGGCUACAGAGAAGUUCUUCUUCUGAGUUUUGGUCUUGGAGCAUUAGCAUUAGCCAGUGUGCUCUCCAACCUUGAUAUGGAGAUGGAUCCCAAAACAAAAGACUAUGAAGCAUUCACUGAACUUCUUCCUCUAAACUUGGUUCUUUUUAUAUUUAUCAUCCUAUUCCUGCCAUUCAACAUCUUGUAUCGAUCAAGUCGAUUCUUCCUCCUCACAUGUUUGUUUCACUGUAUCUGCGCUCCUCUAUACAAGGUCACACUCCCAGAUUUCUUCCUGGCUGAUCAAUUGACUAGCCAGGUUUGUGAGAAAUUACUCUUGCUUUUUGUCAAUCCCUCAAUACUCUCCUUUCCAAAUAAUUUGAAGUUCAUAUCCUUGUAUUUAUUUUUACAGGUGCAAGCCAUUAGGAGCUUGGAGUUUUACGUUUGCUACUAUGGUUGGGGAAAUUUUAAACACAGAGAGAACACUUGCAAAGAUAGUGAUGUGUACAAUACUUUCUACUUCAUCGUGGCUGUGCUUCCAUACUUGUGUCGCCUCCUACAGUGCCUUCGUCGCCUCUUCGAAGAGAAAGAUCCGAUGCAAGGAUUGAAUGGACUGAAAUAUUUCCUGACAAUUGUAGCUGUUUGUCUAAGAACAGCUUUCAGCAUUAACAAAGUAAUCGGCUGGAGAAUAAUAGCCUGGAUUUUCUCAGCCAUUGCAGCAAUAUUCUGUACAUACUGGGACUUAGUCUAUGAUUGGGGUCUCCUAAACCGCCAUUCCAAGAACCGUUGGUUGAGAGACAAACUCCUUGUCCCUCACAAAAAAAUCUAUUUUGGAGCCAUGGGUUUGAAUGUUGUGCUGAGAUUUGCCUGGCUCCAAACCGUGUUGAAUUUCAACCUUCCAUUGCAUCCACAAACCCUGACUACAAUUGUCGCUUGUCUUGAGGUCAUUCGUCGUGGACUAUGGAAUUUCUUCAGGUUGGAAAAUGAACAUUUGAACAAUUGUGGAAAGUACCGGGCAUUCAAGUCCGUACCGUUACCUUUCAAUUAUGAUGAGGACGAUGACAAAGACGAUUAAGUUCGUGCACAAUCUACUAAAGAAUAAGAAACCUGAAAGAAGCCACUGAUGCCCUCAGCCUUCAUCUGCUACACAUUAAAACAUAUAACCCAAAGAAGGCGAGAUUCAGAUGAUUUGAUAGAGAUGGGGGCGUUACCUGAUUUGGAGUGUGGUUGAUGGUCAACGAAUUUUGAUGUUGGCAUUCUUGAAAUGUUGAAACUUCAAAUUUCAAACCAAUGCAGAAAUAGAAUUCAUCAAGUUUUAGUUUAACAUAUACA